AUGGAGAAAGAUGUAAUACUACUCCAUCUACUUUUGCUAUUCAAUCUCCUAGAAAGGUACUUUCUGAAGAUGCAAAGUAAAUAUGGUCAUAAAGAUGUGAUGAUUUGGAGGGGAUCUUCCACAGGUGAUUUUACAGUGCAGAGUGCUUACCAUAUUGAGAAAGAUCGUCAUAUGUUUUCUCAAGGUGAAAGUUCUAAUAUUUCGGUUUUUAAUCAAUUGUGGAAGCGGCUUUGGAGUUUGCAAGUGCCAAAUUCUACAAAAAUGUUUAUUUGGAGGGCGUGUCACAAUAUCUUACCUACAAAGGAUAAUCUUUUAAGGAAAGGUAUAGAUUUGGACCCUGCUUGUGUUUUUUGUAAAACAGUUCCUGAAACGGAGGUAGUGGAGAUGUUUUUUGUUUUAUGUUCACCAGAGGAGGUAGAUUUUAAUGUGGAGAUAACACGAAGAAUUUGGUUUCGCAGGAAUUCUGUUGUUCAUGGAGGAGAUUUUUUUCAUCCAAAUGACGUGCUUUCAUCUGCUACCACGGCUAUUGGUGAUUAUAAGGGAGCUUUGGAGUCUGACAUCUCUUUACGGGAACCGGAAGGUACUUCUCUGUCUUCUAGAAUUUUAAAUUGGUGUCCUCCUUCCAUUGGUUUUUUUAAAGCCAAUUGGGAUGCAUCCAUUAAUUCUAAGAAGGGAAUUUUGGGUUUUGGUUGUGUUGUUCGGGAUGUUCAUGGAUUUGUUGUAGCUGCUCUUUCUUAUUCAGUUAUUGUUAUGGGAAAUCUAGAAGUUGCUGAGGCUUUGGCUGCUUUACAUACAGUUGAAUUCUGUAGGAAUCAGGGUUUUAAUUCGAUUAUUUUGGAAGGGGAUUCUUUAAUUGUGGUCAAUGCUAUAAAUAGAGUGGGGCUGAAUUGGAGUUUUCUUGGGAAUAUUAUCUUGGAUAUUCAGACUCUUCUCAGGGAAUUUCUCUAUUGGAAAGUAUGUUAUACUCCACGUGGUACUAAUAUUGCAGCUCAUUCUUUGGCAAAAGAAGGGGUUAUUCAGGGAGGUAAUAGGAUAUGGUUAGGCUGUAUCCCUAAUUGUAUUAAGACUAUUGAUUUAUCAGAGUGUUCAUCUCUGGUUUUUUAG